AUGGAUGAGGAGCCAGAGAGAGCCAAGCGCUGGGAAGGAGGCUACGAGAGGACAUGGGAGGUGUUAAAGGAGGAUGAGUCCGGCUCGCUCAAAGCCUCUGUGGAAGAAAUUCUGUUCCAGUCCAAAAGAAAAAGGGUGAUCGAGAGCCAUGGGCGAGUCCGGCUGGGAAUGAUGCGUCACCUGUUCGUAGUGGUGGACUGUUCCCGGAGCAUGGAAGACCAGGAUCUCAAACCUACAAGACUCGCCUCCACUCUGAAGCUCCUGGAAAAGUUUGUAGAAGAAUAUUUUGACCAAAACCCCAUCAGCCAGGUGGGAAUCAUUACUACAAAGAACAAAAGAGCAGAGAAACUGACAGAACUGGCAGGGAAUCCGUCCAAACACGUCUCUGCUCUGAGAAAAGCUGCGGACGCCGUGUGUUUGGGAGAACCGUCUCUGUUCAACGCACUGAGCCUCGCCGCAAACACGCUCAAGCACAUGCCGAGCCACACGAGCCGUGAGGUCCUGGUGGUGAUGAGCAGUUUGACCACGUGUGACCCGGCAAACAUCUACGAACUUAUCAAGACGCUGAAGUCCUUGCGUGUCCGUGUCUCUGUUAUCGGUCUGUCUGCCGAGGUCCGGGUCUGCACGGUCCUGACCAGAGAGACCGGAGGCUCGUACCACGUGAUCCUGGACGAGAGCCACUUCAAAGAGCUGCUGCUGCUCCACGUCAAGCCUCCGCCCUCCAGCUCGGCCGCAGACUGCUCCCUCAUCCGCAUGGGUUUUCCACAGCACAUAAUGGUCAGUGCGAGUGACCAGGACGCCAAGCCCUCCUUCAGCAUGGCCCACCUGGAGAGUAGCAGCAGCAGUGGUCCUGGUUCUGGUUCUGGGCCUGGUCCUGGUCUUGGUCUCUCUCUGGGGGGAUACUUCUGCCCUCAGUGUCACGGCAAAUACACAGAACUCCCAGUCGAGUGCAAAGUUUGUGGUCUGACGCUGGUGUCGGCUCCGCAUUUGGCGCGAUCGUUCCAUCAUCUGUUUCCUCUGGAGGCGUUCACAGAGAAGCCGCUGGAGGAGCACAAAGGAGAGCGAUUCUGUGAGGCCUGUCAGGGCGAACUCCGGGACAAACGCGUUUUCCAGUGUUCGUUGUGCGCCGGCGUCUUCUGCGUGGAGUGCGACGUCUUCAUUCACGACAAUCUUCACUGCUGCCCGCGCUGCAUACACACUCAGAGUGCCACCUGA